CAGCCUUUCAAAACGUUGUGCGCCAGCGGCGGAAGCGGAUGAACGAUACAAAAUCCACCAAGUGGAUAUGUGAAGUGAAUGAAGCCAAAGAGAAAGAGAGCGAGCAAGGAGAACAGCCAAGGAAAACAGUGACAAAAACCAACAAAAAAAAUGUUAGCAUACUUAUUCGAGUUUGUGCUGGUGGUCAAACGUUAGUUAGUUUUUGUGUGUUUGCCUGCCUUUGGCAACGACAUCGAAAUUGCCAUUUAAUGAAUUCACAAUUGCAACAAUAACAUGCAAAAAUGUGACCCAAUUCCAAGUGCGAUUGUUGGGCGGAAAGGAAAAAUAUAACAACAAAAACAACAACUCGAUUAAGUCAAAUUGUAAAUGCAUUUGCAAUCUGAACCGAAUUUGCUGUGACAUGCGAUACAAGCAAUAAAAUCGACGGGAAAAAAAGUAGUUGCAAUAAUUAUAAACAAUUUGCAUAACGCUGUGUGAAACGUGAAGCGUUUUGACUUGUGAAUAGUGCGGCAAUUAAAUCGGAGCACAUAUACUAUAUAGAAAUAUAUGUAACACUUCAGUUGAGCAGCAGCCCCAAAAAAAGAAAUAAGAAAAAAGUUUUCCUUUAACUGUGCUGCUCUUUUUGUGAGACAGCAAACAGCACAGCUGAUUGUCAACGACGACGCGACGCAACGCAACGAGGGAGAGAGCGCGAGCUCAGCUCAUCGCUGCUCAGCUUUCAGCGAACAUGUUGGCUUGUUUAGUUUGAGCCACAGCCAGAGCCAGAGAGUCAGCAACUCCAGUACUCCGUAUAGGAAAGCGUAGCAUACCAUAACCACCCCCAAUCCGUAUUGCCUGCUGGCUAACGUAACGAGUUUCGAGACACGCACGCCAACAGCCAACAGCCAGAACAACUACAACAACAAGAACAACGACAGAGUUCACGUCCACAUCAACAUCCACAUCCACGUAAUAUAGCCAUAAUCAAAGGUAGCCGUAGCCGUAGCCGUAGCCCAGGUCAACAGCUCGGGGGUGCACGCACGUGUGUGUGUCUGUGAAAAUAUGAAGCUCUCAGACACCAUGGCGACGCCGAUUGAGGAAAAACUCGAUCAAAACUUGAAGGUGAGGUGCAAGAUUUGUAAUUUUUUUGGGGGGUUGUCAUUAAUCAACAUCUCUUUGAACAUUCACGAAUAUUCCAAUAUGCAACAGGUGCGAUCUGGCAUGGUACAUGUUAGCGAUGGCAAGAGCAGGCCAGAACCACUUAGACUUAACUUAACAAUGGAAUUGUUGACCUUGCAAAAGUUGGAAAUUGUUACGCCAACAAGCUCACAGCACAAUGGACCCCCGAUGGAAUCCAAGGAGCGUAUGGUGCAAAUAACGAGACAGAAGCAAGGCGGCCUUGGCCUCAGCAUAAAAGGUGGCGCUGAACAUAAAUUGCCCAUAUUAAUAUCGCGUAUCUACAAGGAUCAGGCGGCGGACAUCACCGGCCAACUGUUUGUGGGCGAUGCCAUCAUCAAGGUGAACGGUGAAUAUAUCACAGCCUGUCCACACGACGAUGCGGUCAACAUACUGCGCAAUGCCGGCGACAUUGUUGUCCUCACAGUGAAACAUUACCGCGCCGCAACGCCCUUCCUGCAGAAGCAACUAACAAAAGACACGCCCGACUCGGACAACGAUGUCACAUGUGCCGAGCUGAAGGCCGACGAGGGAUACAAGUCAUCCGUAAAUAGCGGCACCAUAAGUCGCAGCUGCAGUCGGCCAAUGUCAAUUUGCUCGGAGCCCGAGAAACGUUGGACUGAUGUGGUGGCUGUGCCGCUAAUGAUGGCCUAUGUCACACGUUACAUCUAUGGCACGGACAAGCUGCGUCCGAAUGCAUUCGAGGUGCGUGGUCUGAAUGGUGUCACCACCGGGGUCAUACACUGUGAUGAGCUGGCGAUACUUAGCCAGUGGUUAAAACUAAUUACCGACAAUGUUGUGGGCCUUACACAUCUGCAGAUGAAACUUUACAAUCGCAAUUUUGCCGUGGGCGAACGCAUUGAGUACAUGGGCUGGGUCAAUGAGGGAGUUAUCAACAACAAUAUAUCAUGGCAGAGCUAUAAGCCUCGAUUUCUGCUGCUCAAAGGCACCGAAGUGAUGCUAUUCGAAACGCCUCCACUGAAUGUGGCGGGUAUUAGCAAGGCUUUGGUGGUGUAUAAAGUUUAUCAAACAAUGUUUCGCAUUGUGAAGGAGUCGGAGACUGUGGAUAGCCGACAGCAUUGUUUUUUGUUGCAAAGUUCUGGACACGAGCCGCGUUAUUUGAGCGUGGAAACCCGCCAAGAGUUGCUGCGCAUCGAGAACAGUUGGAACGCCGCAAUUGUGACCAGCGUAAUCAAAUUGGGCCGCAAGACCUUUGCCGUUUCGCAUCAUGGCAAAAGCGGUGGCUUGACACUUGACUGGCAGGCGGGAUUCUCACUGACUGAGGGGGCCGACUCCGCUGUGGUCUGGCAGUAUAAGUUCUCACAGCUGCGCGGCUCCAGUGACGAUGGCAAAUCGAAAUUGAAGCUACAUUUCCAGGACAACGAGACGCGGGCAAUUGAGACAAAGGAAUUAGAGUGCCAGGUUCUGCAGAGUUUGCUAUUUUGUAUGCACGCGUUUCUCACCGCCAAAGUUGCUUCAGUGGAUCCGGCAUUUUUGAGCUCGAUACAGCAGACCUAAGCUAUCGAUAAUUAUCACCAUAGCGCUAUCGAUAAUCUGAAAAUCAAAAAUUUAUUAUAGUAAGCUUAAAGAAAACUAAACAAUUUGUAUUUUAAAAAUACAAUUGAGAUCAAUAUGUUUAAGAUACAAAUGUUUGCAAGUAAGCCAGUUAUAGAUACUAAGUAAUUGCAGUAAUAAUUAGUUGAAUUUGAGUUACAUUUGAUAUAUGAAAUUAUUACAAAUAUAAAACAAGAUGAACAAAAAGAAAACGUAGAACGAAUGAUAUACUUAAAGUGAAAUCUCUUGGUGCAACACAGUAAAUUUAAGCGUGCUCUAGGCUUCUUUCCUAUAUUCAAAAGUAAAAAUUAGUUAAAAACGUUGUAAUUGUAAACAAUUGAGUACGAGUACUUAAAUAUAUCUUAUAUACAUACAUAUAUAUAACGAACAAUUAACAAUUAGCUAUUAGCAAUUAUAUUAGUAAUAUUUAUACUUAUUGUCAAACUUGGGCUUUACACAAUUACUAAAAACAAAUAACGAAAGCUGCAAAACAUCAACUGAUUCAACUGAUUAAUCGAAUUGAGUGAAAACUCUAGUUAUUUUGGUCAACUAAAAACAUUAUAAAUGGAAAUGGAAACCAUGUGCAUUAUAGUGAAAAUUUAAUUUUCAAUUUUAAUGAAAAUGCAAAUGCAAAUGAAAAGGAAAAUGCUAUUGUUAUUAUUGUAUUAUUACUAGAUAUUUAUUCUACAAAACUUUGCGCUUUUUCAAUUCAAUUCAAUUCAACCGAAUUAAAUCAAUUAUUUACUCAUUUAGUUUUAGGCAUUGCUAUUCGAAGCGCAUACAAAACAAAAACGAAAAAGUUCAAAUUACAUUAAACAUUCUCUCAUUAAUUUAGACUAAUCAAGUUAAAUUUUAAACGACAAAUUUUAUUAUUGCACACACAUUGAAACAUUGAAAACAGCCACCGAAAUUCGCAUUCGCAAUUUACAUUCAUAUUUUAUUAGAUUUUACACCCACAUUAAAAGUCAGCCGAUAAUUUAAGUGAUUCUCCAUUGUAAAUAAACAAAACCAACCAACAAAAAAGUAACCAAAACAUGAACCCAAAAAAAAAACAGAAACAAAAACAAAAACAUGUCAUGCGUCAAUUCAAACGUGUCUUUCACACUCACACACUUAAACACACACACACACACCCAGAACAAUUUGUUGCUUGUAUUCAUAAGGCAUUAGUCAUUGGAAUAAAUGGUUGAUUUAUUGUACUCAACUUAACUCAGCACAAAAUGUACUAAGACAGCCAUUAAUGCUUGAAUAUUGUUAGAUGUAAUCACACAGAUUAGUACUAGUUAUAGCCACUAGUACAUAAUCAUAUAUAAUCGGACUUGUACUUGUAGUUGUAGUAAUUACAGGUACUUCCUUGCCAGCAGCAACAGUCAACGCAACUCAUCAACGCAAUCAUAUCAAUAAUAUCAAUUAUCAAGCCCACGUACUCACUUAUAGAUGUACAUACAUACUCAUAGAUACAUGCAUAUAUGUAUAUGUAUUUGAAUAUGAACAAGGACAAAGCUAAAUGUGACAGAAAAUUAAUGGAUUAAAUAUAUAUGUAGUAGCUAAUCGUAUACACAACAACAAGAUACACUAACUCGAUUUACUUUGGCUUGCCAGAGAUAAAAUGUCAUUGCAAUUAAUACUGAACUAUUAUAAUAUUAUAUCAAUAAUAAUCUAACAAUCCUUAUACGUUAACAAAUUGUCCGUUAAAUGAGCUUUAUCAAUCCUGCAAUGAUAUUUUGAAAAAAGACAUGCAUAAACACAAGCGAGAUAGUUGCAGAAGUAAAAGUUCGAAUUAAAAAUAAUCAUUAAUAAUUUAAUUUGUUUUAACCUCGUUCGUGAACUUCUGUGACUACCCUCGCUUGCUUAAUUUCAGACAAACAUACAUAUACACAUACAAUAUUGAAUAUUUAUGUAGACUGCAAAUUUACAAGAAUACAAAAACCAGCGAAUAAACCUUGCAAAAAACAAAAACGAAACUCUAAAGAAGCACCACAUAGCAACAAUGUAUAAAUACGAAAUAAAUAAAUAUUACGAGUAUAACAAAAGAAUAUAGAAAAAAUACCAACUACAUAUUUACAGAAUAUACUACAGUAUACCAACAGACAACAGACACAAAACAAACAAAGCUAUAUAUAUACUAAAUGAUAAAUAUACAUAUAUAAUAAUCCAAUAGAGCUCAUGAAACUAUUUAAAGGAUUUUACGAUGUAUUCAAGAAUUAAUUCUCAUAUACAGAUCAGAUACUGUAUUAAUAGAUUUUGAAAUACUUCAGAACGAUUUAAAGUUUCGUAUGCAAAAGUCACAGACUGCAGUUAAAUUAAGAAGAUCCAUAAACGAUCCUGUAGGCUUUUGUAUUUAACUUCUCAAUCAAGGCACCUUAACACAGACCAAAAUACGUAAAUGCACCACAAAUAUUACCAAAUAUAACCAAAGGCAGUAAUAAUAAUGCAAAAUACUAUUUUUAAAUAAACAAUACAAAGUUAAGCCCCCUUGCAGAUUAUGUCCAAAUAAUUCUCUAAUAUUCACUAUUCUAUUCUCAAAUUUUAUUAAAACAUCUCUCUACAUUCUUCUUCAAUGAUAUCUGCAGGGGUUUGCAGCCCAAACCUUACACCAAAUACCAAAGUUUAACUGUGCAUACCCUAUAACUAAGUACAUAGAAUUUAUUGUAAUGUGUGUGUAUAUCAUAUAAGACAGAACAGCAAAUCAAACAUAAUGCUGAUCUAUUCAUUGCUUGUAUACCACUUAAAAUAACAAAAAGAAAGAUCAAGCUAUCGGCUUUAUAUCUAUCAAAGUAUCUUUAGCUGCGCAUUGUUAACGCAAUUAAUGUAACAAUAAAACAAGGAAUCAAACACAUCCGAUUCAUGUGCAUCUAACAUACGAUAAGCUUUAAGAAUGUACACUCCUAUGUUACAUAAAUGUCACACCAUCACUUUACCUAAGUUAAUACUUACGAUUCUUUUGCAGUUUUAUAAUUACCCGAAAAUUAUUAUAUUAAUGAAUGUAUUCGUUUCGAUAAUUGCGAAAAUCAAUAACCAAUAUUAUGAAUAAAACAAAUAAU